AUGAGCUCCACCCUGUGCAGCUGCGUUGAGCGCCUGAGCUCCGCCCUGCUCUGCGCGGGAGCACGGCACACCGCCCUUCAGGGUAUCGCCAAUGUUGUUGGGUUGGCACUUGCUGAGAAGCACCUGGCUGCCCGCUUCAACAAGCCUGACAGUGAGAUCGUCGACCACUACACGUACGUUAUUUUGGGAGAUGGCUGCCAAAUGGAGGGUAUUGCUAAUGAAGCUUGCUCCUUGGCUGGACACUGGGGUCUUGGCAAGCUGAUUGCUUUCUACGACGACAACCACAUUUCCAUCGACGGAGACACGGAGAUUGCAUUCACAGAGGACGUGAGCACCUGCUUCGAUGCCCUUGGGUGGCACACGAUCUGGGUUAAGAAUGGAAACACCGGAUAUGAUGACAUCCGCGCAGCCAUUAAGGAGGCGAAGGCAGUUACUGACAAGCCCACCUUGAUCAAGGUGACUACCACGAUCGGUUUUGGAUCUCCCAACAAGGCCAACUCAUAUAGUGUUCAUGGAAGUGCACUGGGUGCCAAAGAGGUUGAAGCAACCAGGCAGAACCUUGGAUGGCCCUACCAUUUAUUUCUUUGUUAA